AACACUAAACAGAGUCCUUUUACUCCCAUACGUGUUUCUCAGUGAACUCAAACCAAGUCACAAUUCUCACCCUCUUUACAAAUAUACCCCUAUCCUUUUCAAGAAUUCAAUCAACUGCGAAGGACAUUGUCGUAAUAUUCAUUCUCAAAUACCACUGAACAUCAGCCGGCUAUUAUUUGCCGUCUGCGCCACUCUCAUGGUGUUUUUUUGUUUUUCAUAUCAAAACUUUAUUCGGAAAGAACAAAACAACAAAUCCCACAUCUUCAUUCAUUCCUUAAUUCUCUGUAACUAUUCAAACUCUCUGUCUCAAUCUCUGUUACCACGAUGAAGAAACAUGAAAACGAAUCACUACUGUUUUCGGACUCUGUUAAGCCCCGAAAGCCAAAAUCUCGAGAAGUAGGCUCUCGGUUUCUAUCUCCAACCUCAACGUCUUUGCUCGAAACCGGAAUCCCAUCUCCGACUCAAGGCGUCUCACCGGUCCGGAGAAAACCCGGCUCGUCGACUUUCCCGGAAAUAAGAAAGAACCGGCCUCAGCUCGAGGAGCAUGGCUAUCUACGCGGACUAUGGCCAUCGUCAAUUACUACUACUACUACUACGACUACUUCUUCUUCUUCUUCGUCUUCUUCAGCCAAUAAGUUUGACACUUUGGCUGAUCAUCUGGGAAACGAUAGGCUUAAUGAUCUUCUGGAGAGAAAAAGCUCCGCCGUUUUCGAUAGGCAGAGGAGUUCCAGAGAGACAAAUAGGUUCGAGAACGAUAAAGAAAGUAGCAAAGAAAAUCACAGGCCGAUUUUUGGAGGGUCGAUGAGAUAUUAUACGGGAAGUAGUAGCUCAAGGUUUUCCGGGAAAGUUUCCUCGAGUAAGGUAUUUAACACCAGUAGUUCAGAUAUAGUUCCCGGGAGAUUAUCUGUGGAUGAAAAUGCUUUACAUCAAAAACCAUCUAGACGAAUGUCGGAUAGUUUUGCAGAAGCUUUGGAGUACAGUGAUGGUUUUUCGAGUACUGAUCAUUUCGGGUCGUCGUUAGAUACGGGAAAGUCUUCGAGAGUUAGAAAAUCUGGGGUUGAAGUUUCUUCAAAGUACAUGAACGACAUAGGAACAACAACAACGGCGACGACGACGACAAGGUCUAGAAGAGGAACUACGGAUUCGAAUAUAACAUCGAAUCCGGUGUCGUUGGAUAGGUCUCCGAGGUUGGGAAAACUUUCCAUUAAAAACGCUAUCAAAAGGGCUAAUUCACUUACGUCUUCUGGUUAUGGAAGUGGUGGAAAGUCUCAAUGGGCUUUAUCGCCUGGGAGGUCAAGUUCACCUUCUCUGUCAGUUGAGAAUAAAGGAAAACUACAGUCGUUUUCGAGUAUGAAACCUCCUACUAAUAGUCCAUCAAAAACCAAAGGCGUUGACAAAUUUCUCAGCAUGAGUUUAGGCUUGUUCAAGAGCAAGAAUCAUUCUUCACAUUCUUCUUCAACUACUACUGCUAUUACUAAUUCUAAUUCAUCUGCUUCGAAUUCUUUGCCGGGAGGGUAUAUUUCUACUGAGGCCAGUCAUCAACUUCGGGUGCUUCAUAACCGGUUGAUGCAGUGGCGUUAUGCAAAUGCCAGAGCUGAUGCCGUGGAUUUCAACAUAGCUACUCACGUAAAGAUAAAUUUGUCAAGUGCUUGGGAUGGUUUAACAAAGUUGCAACACUCAGUGGUACAGAAAAGGAUACAGCUUCAGAAGGAAAAGCUUGAGAUGAAGCUCAACUUUAUACUUCAAUCUGAGUUUAAGCUAUUGGAGGCCUGGGGAGAUAUGGAAAGGCAACACUUAGCUUCAGUUUCCACAACCAAAGAUUGUUUAAAUUCAGUUGUUUGCAAAGUACCCCUGAUAGAAGGGGCAAAGGUCGAUGUUCAAUCAGCUUCACUCACAUUCAGACACGCUUCAGAUCUCACAUCUGCCAUUAAAUCAAUGCUAACAACUUUUUCCCCAUCGGCUGGGAAAAUUGGUCCAUUGAUAUCAGAUUUAGCAGAGGUAGUUGCACAAGAAAGGUUGCUCCUAGAGGAGUGUCUUGAACUCUUUAGGACCAUAUCCAUCCUAGAGCUUAAAGAGAGGCAUUUGAAGUCUAGUGUUAUCCAAAUGGAGUUUUGGCAACAACAACAACAAGAGAAGCAGAUGCCUCAACGAGUAGGAUUGGCGCUAAGUUGAUUAUGAUGUUUGGUUUACUAAGUGUGUAUUCAUUAAAUUGUGCAUAGUAUUUACAACAUUUUUAAGUAAUGUGAUUCAUAAUCAGGGUAUUUAUAUCGGGCAAGAGACUUGUUAUCAAUUUAUGAGUA